ACAGAUAUACAUUGUCCAACUGUCUCCACUUCUGAGGCCAGAAUUGCUGUCAACUGAUAUAUACCUUUCUUCUGUGGGAAAACAACUGAAAGUCAGACAUGACGUUGCCAAGUGCACUAGCUGGUGCCAUUGCUCAAGAACUUGUGAAAGAUUUGAGUACAGAAAUCCAGGAUCAAAGCAAAUAUGCAAUUCAAUUUCCAGCUCAGUUCUCUGAGUUGAGAGAACAGCUGAAAUUUAUGCAAUCAUUUGUCGCUGAUGCAAGCAAGCUCAAAGACAAGCAAGAAACAGUCAAGAUGACCUUGCAAGAACUUCAGAAACUGAUCUACGAAGCAGAUGAUCUGGUUGUUGAUUGCCAGAUUCGAGAAGACUACACGGAAACAAAGGCUAGUUCUUUCAGCCUUUGUCUUUCUGAGAUGGCCUUUCGCUAUAAAACAGGGAAAAAGCUAACAGAAAUCAACAGCCACAUUAAAAGAAUGCGGGAAAAUUUGAACUCUUAUUACACUCCCAUUGCAAAGCAUUCAGAUAGUGAGAGCAAAAAUGGCAGAAAGACACUUUGGAGUUCCCCUGUUUUUGACCAAUCUGAAGUCGUUGGGCUAACAGAAAAUGUGGCAACAAUAAGGGACUGGAUUCUUGGUCAUAAUGAACCAUUGCUUCGCCUUGCAAUCGUGGGGCUGGGGGUUUGGGUAAAACGACCCUAGCAAAGAUGAUCUAUAGAGAUGUGAAUCUCACGAAACGCUUCCAAGAGAAAAUUUGGGUCUCAGUUUCUCAACCAGUCAAUGAGACCGAAAUCAUGAAAAGCAUGCUGAGGCAACUCAAAUCUGAUGACAGCGGAUCUCUAAAGGUGACAUGCUGAGUAGAAUCAGUCAAUUGCUUUCAGAAAAAAACCUACCUGAUUGUUCUAGAUGAUGUCUG